UGUUAUAAUGAAUAAUUCUCCGUAUUAAAUUUUACCACUUUAAACUUUUGAGUGGUUUAUGCUUCCUGAUUGGACUCUGACUAAUAUGUUAGGAAGGGUCCCAGGAGAUAAACCCACACAGAUGGGAUUUGGGCAUAGGUUUGGUUUCCCAGGGGGCAGUGCUGAGCUCUUUGCCAGUGGGAAAUGGGAUGCUGGUGAUUUCCAGGAAGUGACCUCACAAUGACUCAAGCUACCACCUACUGUUGAUUGUGACGAAAUGCCAGCUGAGGCACAUACCUUGGGAGCUAAAUGGUUGCUGUACUUGACCACUAUGAAGACUGGUGUGGGAAGGGUCGUUUUGGAUGCACUUGAGCAGGGGUCCCCAACCCUGAGCCAUGGAGCCAUAAGGAGCCACACAGCAGGAGGUGGGACCAUCCAGUUGCAGGAAAACAAGCUUAACACACCCACUGAUUCUACAUUAUGCUCCUACCUCCCGGCAGCCUCUCCAGGCCCAGAACUUUCUCCAGUCAGCCUCCACAGACCGAGCUCAUGACUCACAAUGGCCUAUUUAGGCCCAUACCCUACCUCACAGCAGUCUCCGCAGAUGAGGCUACUGCCUCACAACAGCCUCCACAGGCACAGCUCCACCGUUACAAUGGCCUCUUUAGACCCAGCUCCUGCCUCCCAGCCUUCUCUCCAGGCCCUGAACUUUCUCAAGUCGACCUCACCAGGCCCAGCUCAUGCUUCUUGGCAGCCUCUCCAGGCCCAGCUCCUGCAUCUUGGUGGCCUCUCCAGGCCCAGCCUCUGCCUCCCGUCGGCCUCUACAGUCCCAACAUCUGCCUCACAGCAGAUUCUUCAGGCCCAGCAUCUGCCUCACUGUGGACCCCCCAAGCCAAGCUCCCAACCUUUCAGCAGCUUCUACACACCCAGCUCCUGCCACCCAGUGGCCUCUUUAGGCCAAGCUCAUGCCUCACAAGGGCCUUUCCAGGCCGAACUUUUGUCUCAUGGCCACCUUCCCUGGCCAGAUUCCUGCCUGUCUCCCAGCAGCCUAGAUAGGCCCAGGUCUUGCCUCACACUGGCCUCUCUACAUCCAGCUCACGCCUCACGGUGGCCUCUCCAGGCCCAGCUCCUGUCCCAGGACGUCAUCUCCAGGCCCAAAACUUCCUCAAAUCAGCCUCUC